AUGUGCAUUAGGAGGCAAUCAAGCUGGGGCUAUGCGUCCUCCCUUACCGCAAAGCUUAUCCCGAUCUCCAACAAUACGCCCUAUUACACUGAGCAUGAUGACUACCUGGCUGCCGCAAUGUUGGAUCUGGUCACUAGUCAACCCUUGGAAAUGUUUGAGCAGUGGCCCCUGCUGACCGGGAACCAGCUUCGUGUGGUGCUUGGACCGAGGCUCAUGAAGCUCAGUGAGGAGGCCAAAAAUUCUAAGAGAGAGGACGCGCAAUUUCACCAUCGCAGAAUGAAAGAGCGCCAGGAUGCCCCAGAAGAGGAGAUCGAGAUUCCAGAUGACUACAACUCCGACGACGAGACGGCAACACUAAUACUGCAUCCACUGAGCCAGACACUGUUAGCUGCGGAAGAGCCCAAGGUUGCUCCCACCGAGGAAGCUAUCACUGCCCCUGAAGGAGAGGUCAAUGCGGCUCAAGGAGAGGAGGUCGAUGGUGUUGAAGAAGGAAACGCCUAUUCGGCAUCCCAACUCUGCUAUCCAAUAUCUCGUGUCGCAAAUGAUAUCGAGCGCUAA